AACGUAAGAGCAGCAGCUUCAUCAGCGGAGGAGGAAGAGGAGGAGGAGGAGGAGGACCGACGAGCGGAGCCCCGGAGGAUGCUGCACUGAUCGGUACCGUCCGAACACCGCCCCGGGAGCCCGCAACCACCGGAGCACCGCCGCAGGGAUGGACGGCUAGAGGCCCGGGAGGAGGCGGCGGCGGCGGCGGCGGCGGCGGAGGAGGAGGAGGAGGAGGCGCACCGGAUCGAGCGACGGUACAUAACGGAGGAGAGCGCGCGAGGAGGAGGAGGGAGGAUGAAUCCGGUGGAUGGAGGAGGAGAACCGGGCCCGGACGGCCUGGCGACGGCAGGUUCUGGUAAAGCCGAGAGUGUCCGGGCAGUUGACGUCCUGACGGUGCUCAGAGAGAAAGUGGCCUUUGUGUCGGGCGGACGGGACAAACGAGGCGGACCAAUCCUGACCUUCCCUGCCAGGACCAAUCAUGAUCGAAUAAAACAGGAGGACCUCAGCCGACUGGUCACCUACCUGUCCACCAUACCCAGCGAGGACGUUCGAGCUCGUGGCUUCACCGUGGUGGUGGACAUGCGCGGCAGUAAGUGGGACAGCGUGAAGCCGGUGCUGCGGACGCUGCAGGAGUCCUUCUCCUCCAACAUCCACACAGCACUGCUCAUCAAACCCGACACCUUCUGGCAGAAACACAAGACCAACCUGGGCAGCGCCAAGCUCAGCUUCGAGACCAGCCUGGUGUCGGUGGAGGGCCUCUCUCGGCUUGUCGACCCCUCACAGCUGACCUCGGACCUCGGCGGCUCGCUGGAGUACGACCAUGUGGAGUGGACCGAGCUGCGUCUGGGUCUGGAGGAGUUCUCAGGCGCUGCCACGCAGCUGCUGGCUCAGCUGGAGCAGCUGGAGGCUGGGCUGAACCGCAUUCCAGAACCACAGGACGUCGACGAGGCCCGCAAACUGCUCGAGGAACACGGUCGCCUCCGUAACACCAUCGCCACCGCCCCGGUCGACGCUCUCGACCGAGAGGGGCGGAGCUUGCUCCAACGCAUGCGCCUCGGCCCCUCCCAUGGCGAUGCCCCCAAUGAAGGCAGCCACGGCAGCUGGCUGUCGGGCGGGGCGGACUUCCAGAGCGUGGCGCCAAAGGUUUCGUCUCUGCUGGACCGGCUGCAGGCGGCUCGCAGCCACCUGCUGCAGAGCUGGGGCGACCGGAAGCUGCACCUGGACCAGGCGCUGCAGCUGCACCUGUUUGAACAGGACGCCACCAAGAUGUCCGAGUGGAUCGCCCACAGUAAGGAGCUGUUCGUGCAGAGUCUGGCGGAGGUCGGUCAGAACCACCAGCACGCCAUCGACCUCCAGACACAACACCAGCACUUCACCGCCAACUGUAUGAACGGCAGUGUGAACGUGGACAGCGUAGUUACCGUGGCAGCGAGGCUGGCGGAGGCCGGUCACUACGGAGCGGAGAGGAUCGCCAUGGUGUCGUCGCAGUUACAGGAGGACUGGAAGUCCCUGACAACAGCACUAGAGGAGCGCAGCAACACGCUCGCUAUGGCAACAGGCUUCCACCAGGGGGCAGAACAGUUCCUGCUCCGGGUCGAGGGCUGGGUCCAGGUGUGCUCUGAAGGGUCGUUGCCAUCGGCGACAGCAGAACUGGAAGCUGCAGUUAAAAAACACCAAGAACUCAACGAGGAGAUCUCUGCCAACUACACGCAGGUCAGUGAGAGCGGUAAAGCCUUAUUGGACGUCCUCCAGCGUUGCCCGGCGACCGAGUCGGAUGACUCGACGGCCAAACCGGACUUCACCGCGGCAACGCACGGCAUCAUGGGAGUUCUGCACCAGGUGCUGCAGGGUCAUCAUGAGGUGGAGGGGGCGUGGCAACACCGUAAGCUCCGCCUCCACCAGCGUCUGCAGCUGUGUGUGUUUCAGCAAGACGUCAGACAGGUCCUGGACUGGGUGGAGCAGCAUGGUGAGGUCUUCCUGAACAAACACAGCGGUGUUGGGAAGUCUCUGCACCGAGCGCGAGCGCUGCAGAAACGCCACGACGACUUCCAGCAGGUCGCUCAGAACACGUACACGAAUGCAGAGAAGCUCCUGGAGGCAGCGGAUCAGCUGGCUCAGUCUGGAGAGUGUGAAGAGGAGGAGAUCUACCAGGCAGCCCGAGACCUGGAGCUCCGCAUGCAGGCCUUCAUCCAGCGGGUUGAACAGAGGAAGCUGCUGUUAGAUCUCGCUGUGUCAUUCUACACUCACACAAAGGAGCUGUCGGUGUGGAUGGAGGGCCUCCAGAAGCAGCUGUCCUCAGACGUCCUGGUGUGUCCCGACACUGUGGAGUCCCUCCAGGCUCUGAUCAGCCAACAGCAGCAGCAGCAGGCCAACACUCAGGAGGCCGCCAUGAGCGUCAUCCGGGAGGGAGAAGACCUCAUCCUCCAGCUCAGGCCCCAGGGCAGCUCGGUGGCCCAUGUGGAGUCGGUGCUGCAGCAGCUCGAGGAGUCUCACGUUCAGCUGGAGGAACUUUUCCACCAGAGGAAGAUCCGGCUGGACGUCUACCUGCAGCUUCGCAUCCUGCAGCAGUGCACGCUGGAGGUAACUGGGGAAAUGGAUGCCUGGAAACAAGACCUCCAGAAACAGUCCCAGGACUUUUCUACCGAGAAGCUAGCGUCACCGCGGCUAGCCGACACCAACCAGGACAAGCUGGCCCAGGACAAGCUGGCGCUGAGCCAGUCGCGGCUAGUGGAGGCUAGCCCCGAGGCGCUAACACUAGCACAGCAGCGCAUUCACAGGCACAUGGAGCGCAGGCUGGCCAUGAACAACAUGAUUUAUGAGGUCAUCCAGCAGGGUCACGACCUCCAGCAGUACAUCACCGAGGUCCAGGCCUCAGGUAUCGAGCUGUCGGAGGCUGAGGGCGGGACCUCCGGCCAGGUGGAUGAGCUACAGCGCCUCCUACAGGACAAACAGAAGGAGCUGCAGCAGAUCGCCGACCACACGCACACUCACCUGGAGCAGAACCUGCAGCUGAGACACCUGCAGAGCCAGGUCAAACAGGUGCUGGGAUGGAUCUCCGAGGGCGAGGUGAUGCUGUCGUCCUGCAUGUUGAACUCCAGCUGCCUGUCCGAAGCCGAGCAGCUGCAGAGGGAGCAUGAGCGCCUCCAGCAGGCCAUCGAGGCUCUUCUUCAUGCCGACUCCCUGCAGAGGACCCACCAGGUGGCGCUAGCACUGCAGCAGAGAGCUGAGCUGCUGGUCAGGUCCGGCCACUAUGAUCCAGAUGCAGUGAGGUCCUGUGCACAGACGGUGGCGCUGCACUGGCAAACUCUGAUGCUGAGGAUUGAAGACCGACUCAAACUGGUCAACGCCUCCGCCGCCUUCUACAGGACAUCACAGCAGGUGUGCGGCGUCCUGGAGAGCCUCGAGCAGGAGUACCGGCGGGAGGAGGACUGGUGUGGAGGAGGCGACCGACAGCCGGAGCAGCUGCUGCCGCUCAUCAACAAACACAUGGAGCAGAAGGAGGCCUUCCUGAAGGCCUGCACCCUGGCGAGACGCAAUGCUGAAGUUUUUCUCAAGUACAUUCACCGCAACAGCGUCACCAUGGCCAACAUCUCCGGCCACAGCGUCACCGUCUCGGGGGUGACGGAGGUGACCGGACACUCCCGGGUCCCUGAGCAGCAGGUCAAAGGGAUCCUCAGUGAGCUGCUGCAGAGGGAAAACAGAGUCCUGCACUUCUGGACACUGAAGAAGCGCAGACUGGACCAGUGCCAGCAGUAUCUGAUGUUCCAGAGCCACGCCCAGCAGGCUCUGGAUUGGCUGCAGCAGUCAGGUGACCACUACUUGGCAACACACACGUCGCCGGGGGCAACCGUCGCCGAAACACAAGAAAUGCUGAACCAACACAGAGAGUUUUGUGUUUCUGCAAAGCAUACCCAGGAGAAGGUCCACCUGUUGAUCCAGCUAGCUGAGAGCAUGCUAGCUAAAGGCCACGCCCACCGCACCGAGCUGCGCCGCUGCGUCUCCACGGUGGACAAACGUUACCGCGACUUCACCGUCCGGAUGGGGCAGUAUCGCCACCUGCUGGAGGCGGCGCUGGGAGGCUGUUCUCAGGACAACAAGGACCUGGAGCUGGAGCUCAUCCCCAACAGUCUGUCCGACUCUGACCCUGAGGUCAACCUGUCCGACCCCAGCCACCAGGUCAGCGACGAGAAGAGGCGCUCCGCCCGCAAGAAAGAGUACAUCAUGGCCGAGCUCCUCCAGACGGAACGGGUUUACGUCAGAGAUCUGCAGGAGUGUAUCGAGACGUAUCUGUGGGAGAUGACGAGCGGCUCGGAGGACGUCCCACCUGGUCUGGCCAACAAGGACGACGUCGUGUUCGGAAACAUCCAGGACAUCUACGAGUUCCACAAUAGUAUUUUCCUGAAGGAGCUGGAAAACUAUGAGCAGCUUCCGGAGGACGUGGGCCACUGCUUCGUUACCUGGGCCGAUAAGUUCCACAUGUACGUGACAUACUGCAGGAACAAACCGGACUCCAGUUUACUGAUCCAGCAGCACGGCGUCGGGUUCUUCGAGGAGGUCCAGAGGAGACAUGGUUUGGCUAACUCCAUCUCCUCGGCUCUGAUCAAACCCGUCCAGAGAAUCACCAAAUACCAGCUGCUGCUAAAGGAGCUGCUGGCCUGCUGCGAGGAAGGGAAAGGCGAGAUAAAGGAAGGCCUCGACGUGAUGCUGAGCGUCCCCAAGAGAGCUAACGAUGCUAUGCACGUUAGCAUGCUAGAAGGUCUGGAGGAGGGUCUGGAGGUUCAGGGCGAGCUCCUCCUGCAGGACUCCUUCUUGGUCUGGGAGCCCAAGUCUCUGAUCCGAAAGGGGCGGGACCGACACCUCUUCCUGUUUGAGCUGUCACUCAUCUUCAGCAAAGAGAUCAAAGACUCGUCAGGACGAACCAAAUACCUGUAUAAGAGCAGACUGAGGACCUCGGAGCUCGGCGUGACGGAGCACAUUGAGGGCGACCCCUGUAAGUUUGCUCUGUGGGUCGGACGGACGCCGACGUCCGACAACAAAACCGUCCUGAAGGCGUCGUCGUUAGAGCUGAAGCAGGAGUGGGUUCGCAGCAUUCGACAGGUGAUCCAGGAGAGGCGGGGUCACCUGCGGGGGGCGCUGAGGGAGCCCAUCCCCCUGCCCAAGACGCCCAACCCGACGCUGGGGCGGCAGAGAAGCAUCACCAGGAGGGAGACCAGUGAAGACGCUGACAGUCUGGGAGAUGCCAGCAGUCAGCCCGACACCGUCUCCAUCGCCUCCCGGACCUCUCAGAACACCGCCGACAGCGACAAGCUGUCUGGAGGCUGUGAAUUGGUCGUGGUUCUCCUGGACUUCUCAUCUGGAGGUCCAGGGGAACUCAGUGUUCGCUGUGGUCAGACAGUGGAGCUGGUAGAGCGACCAGCGGACCGACCCGGCUGGUGUCUGGUCAGAACAACGGAUACGACGCCUCAGCAGGAGGGCCUCCUCCCCGUCAGCGCCCUCUGCCUGUCACACUCCCACAGUGCGGCCGACAUGGAGGCUCUGGUUCCAGCCUCCACCACGGCCUCCAGCUCCUCCUCCACCACCACCACCUCCUCCUCCUCUAACUCCUCCUCCACCACCACCACCUCCUCCUCCAACUCCUCUUCCAGCGCCGCCAGGGACUCCAGCAUUUUCGACGGUUCUUCUCUUCCUCCGACUGGUCAAACUGGCUCCUCUCCCUCAGCAUUCCAGGUGGGCGGAACUUCAGGUUCCGUCAGUUCUCCGGGUCCCAAAAGAAGCGGCUCUGGAACCGGAAACACUCUGAAGCGCUGGCUAACCAGUCCAGUCCGACGGCUUAGUCAAGGAAAAGCUGAUGGACAGAAGAAACCUCCAAUCAGGACCAGGAGGCGGGACAACCGGCCGGAGCUGGCCACACCCCUCACUGGCAACGCUCAGGCGAAGGCGAGGAAGGAGGAGGCGGGGCAUAGCGGCGGAGAGGAGGAGCCAGAGGAGGAAGGCUCCACCCCCUUACCACCACCGAUGCAGAUCAUCAAAGACCCCAACAAUCCCGAGGCUCUGGAUUCGGAUCAGGGAUCGAACGAGUCGGACACCGAACAGAGGAACAAGGCCCUCAGAGGACGAAUGUUCGUCGUUAACGAGAUGGUCCAAUCAGAGAAGGACUAUGUGAAGGACUUGGGAGUCAUCGUGGAGGGCUUCAUGUCGCGGCUGGAGGUCAGAGGAAUCCCAGAGGACAUGAGAGGAAAAGACAAGAUCGUGUUCGGCAACAUCCAGCAGAUCUACGACUGGCACCGCGACUUCUUCCUGGUGGAACUCGAUCGUUGUGUCCAGAACCAUGAUCUCCUCGCUGACCUCUUCAUCAGACACGAGCGGCGCCUGCACAUGUACGUGGUUUACUGUCAGAACAAGCCGAGGUCGGAGUUCAUCGUCAUUGAGUACGAGAACUUCUUUGAGGAGAUCCAGCAUGAGAUCAGCUGCCGGAUGUCCAUCAGUGAUUAUCUGAUCAAACCCAUCCAGAGAAUCACCAAGUACCAGCUGCUGCUAAAGGAUUUCCUCAAGUAUACGUCCAAAGCAGGACUGGACUGCGAGGAGAUCGAGAAAGCUGUGGAGCUGAUGUCAAUGGUUCCCAAACGCUGCAACGACAUGAUGAACCUGGGACGCCUGCAGGGAUACGAGGGGAAGCUGACCUCUCAGGGGAAGCUGCUGCAGCAGGAGACGUUCUGCGUUUGGGAGCAGGACGGAGGAGUUUUGUCUCGCAGUAAAGAGCGACGGGUUUUCCUGUUCGAGCAGAUCAUCAUCUUCAGCGAGCUGCUGCGUAAAGGCUCCAACAACCCGGGAUACCAGUUCAAGAACAGCAUCAAGGUGAGUUACCUGGCGAUGCAGGACAGCGUGGACGGAGACCCCUGUAAGUUCGUGUUGUGGUCUCGAGGCUCGGCGGAGCGCUUCACUCUGCAGGCGUUCUCCAGCAGCAUCAAGAUGACCUGGGUGGAGACUAUCGCCGCCCUGCUGGAUGCCCAGAAUAACUUCCUGUCAGCGCUCCAGUCUCCCAUCGAGUACCAGAGGAAGGAAGGCGGGAUCUCGGUGACCCGCCCACUAUCGUCGGGGCGACCUCCUUCAGCCCCACCCACUCCAAAUGGCCACGCCCCCCAGCCUCCUCCAGACAGCGAGCAGGAUGACCAGGAGCUGGUUCUGGUGCUGCAGGACUUUGUGGCGGUUCGAGAGGACGAGAUCUCAGUGUUUCGAGGGGAGAAGGUCCAGAUCCUGGCGUCCAACCAGCAGGGUCAGAGUCUGGUCUACCGGCCGGCCAACAGCGACUCGCCUGCUGCCGAAGGCUGGGUGCCACGCAGCGUGUUGAACACACACUGACACAAACACACACUGACACAAAGACACACGUAGAAACACACCAACAGCAGGUCAGAGUCUGGUUUACAACCAACAACACUUCAGCUACACAACCAACAGACCAACAACACUUCAACUACACAAACAACAGACCGACAACACUUCAACUGCACAACCAAUAGACCAACAACACUUCAACUACACAAACAACAGACUGACAAUAUUACAGCUAGACCAGCAACACUUCAACUACGCAAUCAACAGACCGACAACACUUCAACUACAGAACAAACAGACCGACAACACUUCAACUACACAACCAACAGACCAACAACACUUCAACUGCACAACCAAUAGACCGACAACACUUCAGCUACACAACCAACAGACCGACAACACUUCAACUACGCAACCAACAGACCGACAACACUUCAACUACACAACCAACAGACCAACAACACUUCAACUGCACAACCAAUAGACCGACAACACUUCAGCUACACAACCAACAGACCGACAACACUUCAACUACGCAACCAACAGACCGACAACACUUCAACUACAGAACAAACAGACCGACAACACUUCAACUACAGAACAAACAGACCAACAACACUUCAACUAUGCAACCAACAGACCAACAACACUUCAACUACACAACCAACAGACCGACAACACUUCAGCUACACAACCAACAGACCAACAACACUUCAACUACACAACCAACAGACCGACAACACUUCAGCUACACAACCAACAGACCAACAACACUUCAACUACACAACCAACAGACCAACAACACUUCAACUACACAACCAACAGACCGACAACACUUCAGCUACGCAACCAACAGACCAACAACACUUCAACUACACAACCAGCAGACCGACAACACUUCAGCUACGCAACCAACAGACCAACAACACUUCAACUACACAACCAACAGACCGACAACACUUCAACUACACAACCAGCAGACCGACAACACUUCAGCUACGCAACCAACAGACCAACAACACUUCAACUACACAACCAACAGACCGACAACACUUCAGCUACACAACCAACAGACCAACAACACUUCAACUACACAACCAACAGACCGACAACACUUCAGCUACACAACCAACAGACCAACAACACUUCAACUACACAACCAACAGACCGACAACACUUCAACUACGCAACCAACAGACCGACAACACUUCAACUACACAACCAACAGACCAACAACACUUCAGCUACACAACCAAUAGACUGACAACACUUCAACUACGCAACCAACAGACCGACAAUAUUACAGCUAGACCAGCAACACUUCAACUACGCAACCAACAGACCAACAGCACUUCAGCUACACAACCAACAGAGUUACAUUAACUCUGGGGAAGUUGGAAACUAGCAUAAAGAUGGCAACGUCCGCCUGUCCGACACAGUGGUUCUUAACCAAAACAUCAGCAGAGUCAUGGUUCCUAAAGGCCAAACUAUGAGUUCUCUAAAGGAGGAAGUUUCAAAGCAUAAUUGAAGAUCUGAAGUUUCCAGGAGCUCAAGUUUUUUAGUCUCGUUAUCCCAAUUGAAGGAUGGAAAGGUGGCGAUUAAUCAGUCGAUAUAAAAAUCACCUAAAUGGCCAUAGUCCACAGUCUUGGAUCAUGUAAUUAUACCCAAAGAUGUUUGGUUCACUGAGACAAAGGAAGGCAGGAAGUACACCGAUUUUAGAAGCUAAAAGUGUUUAAAGUGGGUUUUAACAUCAAAAGUUGAUUUAAAUGAUGAACUGAUGUUUGAAAUGGACAACAGGUCGUGCUGCAGCUAACACUUAUUUUCAUGCUAACGCUAGCAGACCAUCAAGUUCUUGGAAAACAUAAGACCGGCCAACCAGGUCAGAUUAUCAACAACUUUCUGCAACUGAACACUGUUUUUCUUUUCGUGUGACCCCUUGGAGGGCUCCUGAGCCGUAUGUUGGGAAGCGGACAGGUGGACGUCGUCUUACUUCAGGUUCCACAUUCUUAACCUUAAUAAAAGGCCUUUUUCAAUUGCAGGAAGUCAGUGUUCCAACCAGAACAACCGUCCUUGUUACAGAUAAACUUUCUUUAACCAACAGUUAUUCAAUUAUUGGAAGAAAUUCAGGAUAGAAGACUUUGUUCUGUCUGAUCAGGCUAGCUUUAACCAUAGAUGUGCAGUUAGCCUCCAGGCUCGUUGUCCUACUCGUCUCCAGUUCAUCCUUAAAACACAAACUCUGGCUGGAGCUCUUUAACCUCCACAGGACUCUUCGUCAUGGUGCCCACCGCUAGCCUCCAACCAGAACCAGUUACGUCGCAUUUUUCAGGCUAAAAGGCCAAACUGGGGCAGUACCUGUUUCCUGCAGUGGACAAACGCCUGAUGACUGAAUGUUUACAGACCAGUAAUAAAAGAUGGAUGACACACAAAUAUACACACAUAGACACACACACACACACUCACAUAGACACACACACACACACACACACACACAGACACACACAGACACACAUUCCCAGCAGCAGGUACUGUUAAACUCCUCCCUCCUUCCUGGUGCUUCAACAUUCAACCAAAACACGCCGACCGGCCCCGCCUCCGUCCUCACCUCGUCCAAUCAGACACCGCCGUCUGGACGCCCCCGGCAACCAGCCAUACACUGACAACAACACAAACAGGGAGGGAGGCCAAAUGACCACGACAUCAUCACCACCGCCCAUUGGAGCGGGGACCCCAGGAAGCUGCCGUUGCCUAGCAACAAGAGACAGUUUUUAAAAAAUGAAUAAAACAAAACAAAAGCCUCCUGGAGGAGAAGGAAAGGUGAAAGGACCUGUCAGCCAAUCAGAACGGAGCUCUGUGUCCUGUUCCAUAGUGUGUAUAAGCAGACUGAGGACACAUAUCCACACACACACACACACACACACACACACACACUCCACUGCUAUGAUGAAGAUGAAGAUAAUUAAGAAUAAUAAGAGUCUGUUUUUCACCUCAAUAGAGAGAAAAAACUGUUUGUCAUAUUAAUAUUUGUGUGAGAGAGAGAGCGUGUUAGUGACGCCGUCCCGUGUGUGCGUGUUUUUUCCACGGACAGUUAGCUGGUGUCCCGGUGUAGCGUUGCCAUGACGACUCGUUGUGUUUGCGGUGACACCCUUUUCUUUUUGUUUUGUUUUUGUUUGUCUUUUAAGCGAACCAGAGCCGCCGCCGCCCCACCCCUCCAUCCCUCCCCAUCGCCACCGUUACCAUAGCAACCGCCAGUGGCAGCGGCGGCGCUGGAGACGCAAGCGGCGGCCCAGCUAGGGUAAUGUUUGGAUAUUCUGAUUAUGCAUAUCUCGUUUCUGUAUAUAGACCAGACGUCCAACCCGUCGUCUCCGUCUCUCCACCGUCAGACGGCAGCAACACAACCGUACUGUGACCGUCUGUUUCUACGACAACCGGAGCUGUAACCUUCAACACGCUCUCUGCCUGUCUCUCUCUCUCUCUGCCUGUCUCUCUCUACCUCUGUCUCUCUCUCUGUUUCUCUGGUGCCAUUCUCAGACAACACCCGGUCCUUAAGGCUACUGCACCACCUCGGGAAACAGUCCAAAUAACAGGGCUCUAAGGUGGAACGCUGAAGGAACGUUGGGUUUGUUCUGAUGGUCUCAAUGCAGCGCUCACAUGCUGAUAUGUGUAAGAACGGAAGCCACACCCAGGAUUGACUUAUGGCUCCACCUGGUGGAACAACCAGGUACGACAGCUAAAGAAUAUAUUGUCCACCGUGACCCAAAGCUUGUCUAAAAUGACUACUUACGAUUUGGCCAAAAUGUCUUAAAACCAGCCAGUUAAACAAGCUGAACUUCCUGUAGUGUGAGUGACGCCUCCUCUGGUCUCUACAGUACUAAACGGGAAGAGGCGCCACCUGGUGGAACAACCAGGAACUAUUGCUGAAACAAAUUUUGUCCAAAAUGACUAAAGAUUUUGCGAAAAUGACAAAAUUUACCAAAAUCUCUUAGAACAUUAAAACGUUUAAGUUGAUGAACUUGCUGUAGCCUGAGUGACGCCUCCUCUGGUGUCUACAGUACUAAGUGGGAAGAAGCGGCACCUAGUGGAACAACCAGGAACUACAGCUAAAGAAAAUAUGGUCCAAAUAACUCAAAGCUUGCCCAGGUUUCCUUAAAAUUAGUUCAAAAUAACCCAAAACUUGUCUAAAAUGACCCCAAAAUUGUCCAAGACUGCUCAAAAUCUGUCUAAAAUUACGACUUGUCCAUAAUUACUUGAAAAUUGUCCUAAAUGACUCAAAAAAUGUCCAUAACAAUUUGAGACUACUCCAAAAUGUCUAGAAACUUGCUAGCUAACCUCCCACAAUGCUCUCUGCUUGCCAACAUGACCUUCCUGUAGUCUGAAUGACGCCUUCUCUGGGCUCUACAGUAUUCAGCAGGAAGAGGCUCCACCUGGUGGAACAACCAGGAAGUACAGCUAAAGAGAAUGUUGUCCAAAUAACUGAAAAUGUGUCUACAUAAUUGAGACAUCCCUGCUUUACAUGUUUUUGCCAAAUAUUUGACUAGAAAUCACCCAACAUUUAUUCCGUAUCACAAUUAUGAUUCUAAACUGCACAACCUUAAAUUCUGCUGAUCAAACACUCGCAGUAGGGAUUUAAAUUUAAAUAGUUUUCCUGCUCAAUAGUCAACCACUUUAUCAAUGAAUAGAGCAAAUGUGGAACAGUCAAUGUUUAUCUCUACGCUGAGGAAGCCAGUUGAAACCACCAGUCAUUAAAAUGUCUCAGCUGGUUAAAGGGACACCAUCCAAGUUACUACCAAUGCUCUUAGCUACCUGAGUUCUGAUUGGAGGUCAUUAGCCAACACAGGAGUCUUUGUCAUGGUGCCCGUUGUUAGCUAAACUCCCUCAAGGCAGUUUAAAGCAUAUUUAUAGUUUUAGAUAAAUUUAAAAUUAGUCCCUAAAAACACCAACAGUAAAGCAGAUUCUGGUUCUGAUCCGGUCUUUGGGUUCUGUUUGAGAACAUCCUGGGGUCAGGAACCUGAACAUGCUGCCGGGAGAACGGGAGAACACCAUGUCCAGAACCAGAGCAACAUCCAGGUUGGCUUCUUUUCAUCAUCGGUGCUGUGAGAACUGAAUUAAGACAGACUCGAUCAAACCAAACGUCUCCUUACAGGGCAACACACACCGACGGCAUCUUAAAGCCUCACGUCAGAUGUUCAUCAGUCGGAUGUGGAACAUUUACUGAACUAUUUAUGGUUUUAGGGAACAACGUUUGGAAGCAGAAGUGUUUGCUUGUUGGAUAGCAGAUAUCUGGGACUCAGGUUGAUGUUUUAACUCCUAAAACAUCCGGUUUGAGAUCGAAGACACUGGUUUUUGGUUGGACACUAAACAUUUACUUGAUAUUUCCUUGAAACUUACAGGAUUUUCUGUCCGAUCUUCUGCACAGUUUGGUUCUGAUAGAAAUCAAACAUCUUCAGAAACCAAAAAGAAGCUCAGUUUAGGAUCAAUUAAGUCAUAGCUUACUAAGACUUCCUUUCCUUUCCAAGACAAUAAAAGUGUCAAUUUCCCAUGAAAUAAACCAAAAAUACAGUGACAGAUAACACAAAACCAACCAAUAACAAGCCUCUUUCAACUCAAAUGAUAUUUUCAGAGACGUGGUCGAUGCCAGAGGUGUAUGUUGCUUUUACUGUGGUCUGAUGUUGCAUUCACGUCACGUUGAACUGUCGGAAUUACUGACGUCCAACUGGUAAAAAGUCCCCAACCUUCACUGGAGGUGUGUAAAUCCCAACGUUACGUGAACACAACAUUAAAGAACCCAAACUAACACCA